UCAGAGGUUGCAGGUCAGACACCGCCUCAGCGGGACGGCUUGAUAGCUAUGUAGCUCGCCGGCUGGAAGGGUGGCUGCGCUUUCUGGAAGCUUCCUGCGAGAAAGAGCGUCGCGGGUUUUGCGGCCCUUGCAGCUCCCGCCGCCGUCACCGCCUUUGCCAAUCUCCUGGGGCUUUUUUUCUGCUCCCGUUCCGUGGAGGAGCCGCCACUGACGCCAUGUUCGGCUGUCUAGUGGCCGGGAGGCUGGUGCAAACAGUUGCACAGCAAGUGGCAGAGGAUAAAUUUGUAUUUGACUUACCUGAUUAUCAAAGUAUCAACCAUGUCGUGGUGUUUAUGCUGGGAACAGUCCCAUUUCCUGAUGGCAUGGGAGGAUCUGUCUACUUUUCAUAUCCUGAUUCAAGUGGAAUGCCAGUAUGGCAACUCUUGGGGUUUGUCACGAAUGGGAAACCAAGUGCCAUCUUCAAAAUUUCAGGUCUUAAAUAUGGGGAAGGCAGCCAGCAUCCUUUUGGAGCCAUGAAUAUUACCCGUACUCCAACUGUUGCACAGAUUGGCAUUUCAGUGGAAUUACUGGAUAAUUUGGCCCAGCUGACUCCUGUUGGCAAUGCUGCUGUAUCAUCUGUUGAUUCAUUCACUCAGUUUACUCAGAAGAUGUUGGAUAACUUCUAUAAUUUUGCUUCAUCAUUUGCUGUGUCUCAGGCCCAGAUGACACCAAAUCCAUCUGAAGUUUUCAUUCCAGCAAACGUGGUUCUGAAAUGGUAUGAAAACUUUCAAAGGCGACUAAGCCAGAACCCUCUUUUUUGGAAAACAUGAUUUAAAUAAAGUAAUUUUUAAAGGGUUCUGAACCAUUGUCAUAUUUUGGAGAUAAUAAACCAACUGCUAUCUAAAGCAUGGGGAUAAAGGAAUAAUGAAAUCUAAAUGGAAAAACUUCUUUUUAAUUAAAAUAAAGAAAAAAACAGUUAAAUUAAAAACAGAAAAUCCAAAAUGUCCUCACUGUUGUUUUUUUCUUUACAAAUUGAAAAACAUAUUCGAAAAUAAUAAAAGCAUUUUAUGUGAUUUGGUUAAAUAUGAACUAAUUAAAAUAGAUUUUUAAUAAGUCAUGAUUUUGAUGCCUUUCUGUGUAAUAUAAAACUUAACUAAAAAUGGCAUCACUUUUAUAAAUUCUCUUAAUUCUAUAAAUUAAGUUAGUUGUUCCAGAUUCAAUAAGAAAUUAGACAAAAUUUUUCUUGUAGAUUUCUCUCCUUUAAAAUCUUCAAAAAAGAUAACUUUUCAUGUAUUAGAAAGUAAGAUGGGCUAGUUUUUUCCUUAUGAUUAAAGUAGUCUCAAGUUAUGAAAAGUAGCUGUAGUUUUUGUAUUCUGAAAGCUCAUACUUUUUUUCUGCAUAUUUAGUUGUUAUAAUAUUCAUUAAUGAGCAAAAGUAAUGCUUUGUAUGCAGAAUACUGAAAUUCAUUAACUGCAUGUUUAGAGUUAGCUUGCAAGGGUCACAAAGGCGGGAAGAAUAAAAAAAAACAACUUUUUUACUUUGAAAAAUCUUCAUAUGCUUUUAAGAAAAAAUACUUUAUACACAAAUAAACAUUGUGUAAGCCAGA